AGUACUAGUAUAUCCUAACGUAUCUUGUUGAUUGUGAUUGUGCUUAUGUAAUGAUACUGACAUCACUCCGCAUCCCGCGGCGAAAAGAAUACACCCGUAUCAUGGGAGUGGUUGAACUUUGCUGCGCAAGCACUUUUUGCGAGUUCAACAGCAGUUACUACUUCGGUUUCACUUUUUCUUUCUUUUGUUUUAUACAGAUCUGUUUCUUCAGAUAUUGUCACAGCCAAUGGCUGAUUGAAAAGUCACGCCCCACCUACAUACACACAUUUGAGUCACGCGCGAGCUACGAUUCAACGACGACUCACUUCUGAAAUCCAAUACACAUUCUCACAUUGCGCAAUUAUCUUCUCGGAAAUUGAAAUCUGGCAACCAUGCCUCCCUCCAACACCGACAAUCCACAAGAUGACGCCCCAGACUCAUCAUCACCAUCUUCCUCCGCGCUGUCCCUCUCCCGGAGCCUUCUCCACCAAUGCCGACUCCUCCUCGCUGAACUCGACGCGUUCCAAUCCGCUGUAAACGAGAAAUUCCGUCGACCUCAAAUCAUCGAAAUCAGACAACUACGCUCGAGUGUCCUAGCGGAAUUGCGCGGGCUAGAGAAAAUGCACGAGCAGGCAGAGAAAGCCGCUGCUGCUGAUGAGGCGACGCGCGCGGGGGAUGUUAGUGAUGAUCGGAGUGAGGAGGAGAAGCAUAGGGAGUUGAAGCUUCUUCAUGCGCUACGGUCGUCUAAUCUUCAGUUUUAUAUGGCUGUGUGGACGAUUGCGAAGAGGAGUUGUUCUGGGUUGGUGGCGUUUGGGAAGAGGUUUUAUUGGGAUGAUGGGUCGCGCAGACAUGAGCAGCAGAAAGGUCAUGGAGGUGGGGAUCGGUCAGGGGUAGAAAAUGAUUCUAAAGGGAAGAAUAAAGGAAGCACGGGCAAUAAAGAUAAAGAUAAGAAGAAGAGUGUGUUUGUGGAUAUUGUAGCUGGUGAAGGGGAAGAGUGGGUGAAGGUGUCGACCAUCUCAGAGAGUCGGUUGUUGUUUGAGAUGGCGAAGAAGGGCUGGGAAAUGGAUGAGGACGAGGAUGAAGAUACGGAUGGAGGAAACAGGACGAUUCUACGAAAUUACGGCAGUGAUCAAGAGGAAGACAGCGAUGAUGAGAUUGAGUUGAUAAAGUUGGCGGCUGAUUUGACCAAGGCUGCUAGGUCGGUUAGGAUUAACUACAGGCAUCCCCGAACACGGGUCGUAAUCCCCAAAAUCGUGGAAGGGAGAAUCCCGGAGAUUGAUAAGAUUUUCGGCCAGAUGCGCAAAUAUGGCACCACCGUCGAAUGUGGCACAAGUCUGCCUCUUGACUUGAUGAAUGAUGAUCUCGACAGCGACAGAGACCCUGAGACAGUUACACCAGAACAGCUGCCUCUGGGGACUCUUCUUCCCAAUCCAUUCAAGCGAUUCACAAAAACACUUAAUGUCGACUGCACCUUGCUCCUCGCCUUUGUCUCAGACCUUUCUCACUUCCGCGAAAUUCCCCCUUUACCGACUUAUCACCGCGCCAUACUCAGACAGAUCGAGAUGGAGAAGGAGCAACCAUUGGUUCCCACAGAGCUAUGGCCAGCAGUAGACGGCCAUGACUUGAUAUGUACAAAAGAAGCCGCCAAGAGGAUGCGCGAGAUCGUCGAUACUAUCGGAACGGACGCCGAGAAGAGGAGAACAGAAAUAUUGAUGGGCGGUUCUGGCUUCGAAAACUUGGAUAGGAACAGCCUGAUACGCAAGUUUCAAGAGCUCUCAGAUCACCCUGUUCCCACCCAGCUGAUAUUACCAAUCCGGGUCGUCGAUGCUGAGACGGAUAUCAGAGCUGGUUGGGAAAACGGCAGGCUGCCCAGCGUGGCUCACAAGGUAGAAGAAAGCCUGUCUGAUAUCAACCGCAGCGUAUUCUUCUACGGAUGGUCGACGGGAAUAAUGACCAUCUCCAGUAACCGAACGGUCGUCAAGCAGAUAGAGAACAUAGUCGAGGAAAACAGAAACGGCAAUGAUGAGCUUGAAGGACCUCUGGUGUGGGUCUGUGACACUGCCAGGAGUCUGGUGGGGAAGGAAAAGAAUCGAAAAUGAUGACAUCUCUGUAAAGAACGGUCCUUGAGUAGCACAUCAUUUGUCGACCUGUAGCAGGAUUGCAUUUCGAACAAUCGGCUUCACCAC